AUGUCCUACUUUAGUAGUUUAUAUUAUAGUGCUAGUUUAGACCUACUAGUUAUAUAUAUAGUAGUAGAAUUUUUAUUAAUAAUACCUAGGUUCUUAAGGCCUAAGAGGGCAUAUAGAGGCGUUAAGAUUUAUUUAACUAACUCUAGCCUAAGCUAUAAAAAAGAGUUCUUUACUACUUUAAUAGUAACUUCUAGAAGAAUUAAUAAAUAUAUAUCCUUUUAUAAAUAUAAAACUAUAUCCUCUAUAAUAAUACUUACUUACUUUAUAAAACUUUAG